AUGUCAACAGGAUCAAUUGAUGGAUUGCGUGUAAUUGAGAACUUCAUAACUCCCGAAGAGGAGUCUGAACUGAUAAGUGAGAUAGAUAAUCGAGAAUGGGGCGGUAAUGGCAUUCCUCCCAACCCAGAGAUGAAACGACGCACACAACAUUACGGAUAUGAAUUCAGUUAUCGACAUAGAAAUGCUCGUUACAUUGGACUACUUCCAUCUAUGUUCUCGUUCUUAUUGUCUCGUCUUGUGUCAGAGGGUAUAGUUCCAUCUCCACCUGAUAUGUGUACCGUAAAUGAAUACAACUUAAAACAAGGCAUAAUGCCUCAUAGGGACGCGUCACUUUUUGGUCCGACAAUAUUAUCGCUCUCUCUCUUGUCCCCGUGUUUGAUGCGAUUUGAGAAAGAAGGAGAAGAUGAGAUCAAAGUGCUGUUACCCAUUCGAAAUGAACUAAGUUUUUUUGAAUUCUUACCUUUAGCCCAAAGAUCACUGUUAGUAAUGACCAAUUCAUCCCGAUUUGACUAUAAGCACUCGAUAUCAAAAGAUGAGAUUGAGUAUUUAGGCGAUCAAAAGAUCGUUAGAGGUAGAAGAGUAAGCUUGACUUUCAGAAGUCUUAUAAAAGAGGAAAGUAAGAUGGAGUAA